AUGACGAGUUUCUGUGCAUGCCAGUCGCCGUCGCGUCGAAGAAAAAUCACUGCCGAUGCAGCAUCCAUCGAAAAUGAAAAGGUCUUGGAAGAAUUGCAGCCGCUGCCCAACGGAUUCUCUCACCAGCAUGGUGACAGCCUAGAACAUGAAAGCACUCCCUGUUUAGCCGUAGAUGAUUCUACUGAAAUUAAUACAAAGACUGUGCGUUGGCAAAGACUACAUAGAGUUUGGGAAUACUACCUGAGGCACAACACUCUUCACGGCCUCCAUUAUGUGUUCGACACAAAGUCAAUUUGGCGCAAAAUGAUGUGGGUAGGUAUACUCUUAAUCUGUGGUGGAGUGUUUUUGAACGAGGUCAGGCAAAGCAUAACUCAGUAUCUUCAGUAUCCGUUUAGCACUCUGUCAACUGUGGACUAUCCAAAUAAAUUAGAGAUUCCUGCUAUUUCGAUAUGCGAUUUGCGAGAUAUCAGAAAAACUAUACUAAACAGUUCGAAGGUCAACUGGACCAGCAGAUCGGAGGCGAACUUUACGACACCGAAUUCGACAGCUACCAUGACUGAUGUACUUAAAGAUUCUUUGUCGGUCUUAGACGAGAUUCUUAUUUCUUGCUCUUUGAAGCGGGGAGUGACCAAUAAAAAGGCUUUGCCUUGCGACAAAAGAAACUUUUCUCUGUUCAUAUCGUCGGAUGGGCAUUCUUGUUACACGCUAAAUUCCGGAAGAAAUGGUGGCAGACUUAUGGAGACAGAUAAUGUUGGCCCUCUAUACGGUGUGCAUAUGGUAGUGAAUACAGAGCCUCUUGAAAAAGGCAAGACAUACGGUAGCAGUGGACUUAAAGUUAUUCUCCACCAACACGAGGAGUUGCCUCUGAAGCGAGUAGGUUUCCAUGUUCCUCCAGGUUAUGUGACUUAUGUGGACAUGAAAAAGCAAAAGGUAUUUUUUCUUUUAUUUCCCAGUUAUUUAUCGCUCCAGUUACUGUUGGUUUGUACUUGAACCAUUAUUUGUACGAUUGCAAACUCGAUUAUAAUGCAUGUCAUGAAAGAAGUAAGGGGAGAAUUUAGUUCGUAAUUACGCACUGCGAGUGGACGUCUAUUUGUUAGGGAAAGCUGACUGCAAAUCUAACAUGUUAAGUUUUAAAACUUCAGAUAGAUCUUUCGAUGUGUAGAAAAUUUCCUCGUUCUCGUUGGUAUUUUUUUUAUUUGGUGCAAAAGACGUGAACAUGUUUGUUGUUAAUCGAGCCUGUUUUAAACGCGGGUCUAGCUUAAACUUGCUUGCUUCGCGAUUAAAAUCAGGUCCUCCUGUUUUGAAAAAUGUUUUCUCACAAUUGAAUAAUAAGACCCGGCUGCAAUCUGAUAUACUUCAACACGAAUACCCUUCAAAGGAGUUCACGUGUUAGAGUAAAAUAAGUGAGCCAUUAUUUUGUGCAUCAUAGGAGAAAUACAUUUAAAGAAGAUUCUGGAUUGAAGAAAAAAAUUGCCAGCACUUGUUACCUCGGUUGCAAUAGAUCUCGCGCAAGAACGAACUUUUAUUACGACCUUAUUUUAGGUUAUCAUGUUUUAUUUUCAUUACCCAGUUUAAGUUAGUCCUCGAUUGAUAAUAGCGUCCUUCUUUGAUAAUGGCAACCUUUUAUGUGGUUCACGAAUAAUGACGCACAAAAACGAAGACAAGUUUUGUUAUCAGCAAAAGCAUUACUUGUAAAGGUUUUAAAAGCCCGCUGAGAAUUUGAAGUUCAGGGCAAGGACAAUUUGCGCUCGCUGUGAAUCGGUCGGUCCACAUGAAAACAAAUUAAAUCAUCAAAUUCGAAAGAAUGACAAAUUUCUCUUCGAAAGAACGCUUCAGGGACUUUCAAUAAUCCUUGGUCAUUCAUUUGAAACAACCGUUGGACACGAUUUCAGUUCCAGGAUUUUGAAUAUGAAUUCCCUUUCCACAUCAUCGCCUCCUCGCAUCAUUUUGAUGAACGAGCAUUCAUUUUCAAAUUAUGUAUCAAGCACGCUAGUUGUGUGACGCAUUCGAAUGGCAUGGCCUGACCACAGACAUUAAAAUUUUACGACCAAGAUGCCUGUGGUAAUUUUUUGGCAUGUAAUUUUUUCAGCUACAAAUAUUGGUGUGAGGAAUUUUUUGUGUACAGUCCUGCGCUCCUUGCGUUCACUUUGAAUGUCUAGAGGAGAUUUCUGUUAUGUUUAUUUUGGGUUUUGCUGAUCUACAUACUGAAAUCUCCAAAUGGAUUUUUAUUAGAAAUGUCUUUUUUUUCGUCUUUGAUAAUAUUCUCAGUGCCUUUUGAACGUAUUUUACGUUUGCGAAAGAAAGAGCUUCUUAAUGGUCUUUAAACGACUUUUGCGUCGAAAUAUGCAUCCAUUUCCCCUUUCUUUGUGAAUCUGACAAAACGCGUUAAUUGAAACACAGUACUUGUAAUCAGUUUCUGUUGAUGUUAGAACACACAACUUUUAAAUCAAAAAUUACUUCUUAGAUGAAAUGUUCUCUAGAACUCGUCUAAAAAUUAUGUAUUGUUUGGGUUUUAAUAUUCAGAAGAUUGAAAAUAUUGUUUCAAUAAUAACGUACCGGAAAGUAGAUAAGUGAAUAUACGUUUUUCGCACCUUUCAACAAAAUGGUUAUCGAACCAAACUGUGAUUUCUUUUUAGCCUAUCAAACUUUCGAACUCUUAUUUUUUCUUUUUUGUGUACAAUGUUACACCGUAGUUAGCCUCGGUGUAUAAUGGUUUCUCUCGUUUCAUAAAAAGUUUCCCCGCUGAUGGUGUCGACGUUGCCAUGCCAAAUGUCAUGUUUAGAGCUAACGACCACCGCAUUAAUUUGGAGACUUUACUCUAGACGUUUCCCAGUGUUGAAUAGCUAUUUUAUCUCAUAGGGUGUUAUGCUUAUAAACUAUCAUUCAUCUUAGCUUUUAUCUGUAACGUCAUACUCGUCGACUAUUAUCUAAGAAAGCAAAAUACCCUCCGUAGCAUAAAUACCAAUUUCUGUACGAGUAUCCAUCACGUCGAAGAACUCUUCAUUAUUACAAUUAUUAUUAUUAUUAUUAUUAUCAUCAUCGUUAUUAAUAUAGUUGUUGUUGUUGUUGUUCAAAAGCAAAACGAAAAUUUUACAGUGAAGUGUAGCAUACCUAGCGUUAUUGAAACCAGCAUUGCUUUGACAGACCGUCGGAUGUAAAACAAACCAAUGCUUUCUUUUGAACAAAAGUUUUCUAUCAUUUUGGGUAUAGUAAGUUGCGGUGACAUUACCGACAACACCUUCAGAUAUAUUCUCCUGCUGCAAACUGCAUUAACGUGUAAUCAUGAUUGAAAAAGCCCGGCCCCAAAUUUCGUUCGAAAAGUUGAAACAACCUCAGUAUACUUAAGUCUAUUCCUAUAAUUUGAAUGAUCGUGUUCCGAAAUUUGGUUAUCGGAUGAAAGAGACUUACCUCGUUAGAUCAAAGACAAAGAUGACAACUGUUUUGCUAAUAAUGACACCUAUGCUCAAAGGUCUGCUUAUGUGUAACUUGCGUUUAAAUGUAUGUAUCUUGGUGUUGACAGCUUAUUCGAUGAAUGAUGACCGUGAAAUACGAUUGAAAAAAACACUUUGCUUGAGAGCAGACUUUUGAGCUGAGAUUUGUUUUAUAAAGAAUUUCCCUAGUCUAAAUACAAUAUUGUUUGUGCAAAACUGCGUUUCUUCUUUCCGGUUUUUUUCUCUUUUUUAGCAAACCGUAUUCAACAACAGUUUGGCAAGGUUUUCAUGUAAACUUUAUCUGUUAAAAACAUAGCAAAAUAUAUUAUAAGAAUCGAUUUACAGAUACAUUUUGAAACAAAAAUCAACGAUAUAAAAGUAACUUGGCGUUUCGAUAAGAAAUUAAAAUGAUUCGUUGAAAUAUGUGUAGAAAAAGGGAAUGUGAAACUCUUUAAUUGCCAUUUGUCCAUUUUCACACAUGCUAUUUUCUCGCCUUCUUUUUCUGUAUAUAUUUCCACGAAUCAUGUUAGUUUUGUGGUUUUUUGAUAACGAUAACAUGAAGCCAUCGAAACGUCAAGUUUCUGUUAUAUCGUUGAUUUAAAAAAAACAACAUGUAUUAGACACGAAAACUUGUUGUUGUACAAACAACUCUUCCUAGAGUUGGUACCAAUCGUCCUUUAGCCAUUUUCAGGCCAACACCCGUCUAAUAUGGUUCCAACGUGUCCGUCUCAAAGAAAGUUGACUAUAUGAGAAGCUGUCAUAGUAGCUAUACUGCAACAUUAACAGCGGCAUGUUAUGUUUCCUUAUAGCUUAUAAAUCUUCGCAAACCUUUUAGAACCAAUUGUGGUGGGAAAAAUUUGGAUUAUUUUCCCGAGUAUUCAAAAAACAAGUGUCUUUUAGAAGAAAUAACAAAGAACGUUACCAGAAAGUGUGGCUGCCGUGGAUGGUUUAUGCCAGGUGAGACUAUCUAUUUCAUUUGUUCUUUAUGGGUGAAAGAAAGAAAAUCAAGAAAAAAUAUGAUCUAUAAUAUAUAGAUAAUUCAGUAUUUUUCCACCUCACCCCAGCAUUUUUAAGUGUGCGUAAAAUUUGUUACGAGGCUCUUAAAUAUUGUCAAUGGUUUUGUACAGUUGAUGGUAUCGCCCUUUUGUGUACUAUUUCACGGUUUCAUUAUUAGAUCUCCUAACUUUUGCAUUUUUUUUCGUUUGUUAACUUAUUCUACAUGACUUAAAACCGAAAACUGGUUUUAGAAUAAUCAUGUAAAGUUUAGUAACGCCCGCGCUGCGAUUGCGUAGCGGAUACACACCUCCUUGCAGUCGCGUUUCUUUGGAGGUGUUAGUGAACUUACGCGACAGGACGGGAGAUGAAAGAAGACGGCAAACUUUGUUUGACAAGUGUGACAAUAAUUCUGUUUGAAAAACUUGAAACAGAUCAUUUUGUAAAAGACCAGAAAACAUAAAUGUUAAGUGAAGAUCACGACAAAACACGUAAGUAAUGGCCCUGUCACUUUUGUAACACAGGAGCAUUUUGCAGUCCUCUUAUUCCUGCCGUCCUGUUGAGUAAACUCACUAUUAUCGGCUAAAACGUUUCCAGUUCUCUUCAUUGUCAGUGAGGGUGGUGUGUGACCGUUAGUCUUCUAUCAAUCCCCCUUUGACUGCAUGACCUCCAACUUCAUGUACUUGUACUUUUUCACUUUGCGUUUUAGUUUUUUUUAUGGAGAAAUGAUACCAUCGUCUUCUAAAUUAACAAGGACCUUAAGAUCCGAGGACGGCGACGGCAGAGAAAACGUCGCUGAAAAAGAAAAUUCGCGUCCUUUCAAUCUUCAUCGCGAUUACUCCAAGUCACUAACUUUGUCAAAUGUAGGCGAACCCUCCUAAAGUUGAAUUCCUAACAAUCAUAUCCACGUUGAGAAAGAGAGAGGAAAUUUCGUCGUCGCUUGUGUACUUCCUCUGUACAUCGUUAAAUUAGGCAUUGUCACGUCGUAGUCUUGCAGUGACGGCAAAGAAAUGUACAAAAAAGCGUGAUUGUUGUUUUGCUAAUUAAACCCAUUGCUUUUGUGGCGUUCCCUUGCUGUCGCCGUCGUCGGAUCUCAAGUUCCCUAAUUAAUCCCCCGUGGGGGGGUGGGGGGAAGCUUGGGCUUAAUAGAGGAUUUACGAUACCUCAAAUGAUCGCGGUCAGUUCAAUAUCACUAAAAAUCCUUAUCAUUGCAGCAAAUGUAUCCUUUUAACCGUUUUAGCUCUAAUAUAGACAUGCCGUUUAUCUUUCGGUCAUUUGCUUGCCUCUUAACACUUGCUUUUUAGCGCAGAAGUAUAAUUACAAAGAGAAAUGGCCUCUUUGCGGCCGAUCCAACACGUGAUACAGAAACAUGCCCAAAUUUUAUUCUUUCAUUAGCGUGGCCUUUUUGUAUAACAUGAGUCAUCAGCUUCAAAUGGCUUAUUUCUCCUUGUAAUUUAACUCGAUUUAGCCGAAAGAAAGUUAGCGGCAUUAUUGAAUAGCCAUUUUCAGCAAUAACCCACACUUCUCCUUUUUUCGGUGUAGAAACAGCGGAUAAUUAUACACUGUGUUCAUUAAACAAGACUCUGGAUUGUAUGUGGCCAGCAUGGGGUGAGUGUAAUGCUAAUUUAAAGGACACAAACAGAAAAUAAAUAAACAUGAAUGAACAUGGUUUAUUCGUUUUCUUUCUUUGUGUCCUCUAAGAAUCUUUUAACAUAUCGAAAGUGGCCUAUUGGUGUGGACUGUCAGGCCACACGCCCACUUGAAUUAGAGGAAGUGUACCAUGGUUUUUACAGUGUUCCGUCACCCGCCAAUGUACAUUGGCAAGAGCCAUUAUGGCUCUUAACAUUGGCUUCGGUUGGCGGUGGAGUAAACAUGUUGAUGUCUUUUUUACAUUGUUCUUUUUGCUCCGAAAGGUUUUUCUUCGACUGCUAUUCAAAAGCAAAGGCUGAAGAACCCAGACUUUCAAAUUCUCCCUCGAUCGGACACCAAACAACUGUUAAACGAGCUUUUUUCCACGUGUUUGGGUGAAUAAACGCAUUACCCUGACAUUUAUUUCACCUACAGUGUAUGAAGAUGUUUGCAGUGCAAGACUUGUUCCAUUGAACCUGACGUCGCUGAAGCCCUUUUAAAUAAUAUUAACUCAAAACUUUCGUCUUUCCUUAUUUUUUUAGAGGAAACUGAACAGCGGAACGGAAAUAGCUGCCCGGUUGAUUGUGAGAAGGUGUCAUAUAAAUCAUCCUUAUCUGCGGCUUUAUACUUACCACAGAAGAUGCUGCCUGUGUUAAAGUAUUCCAAUCUCAAGGAAGCCAAAAAUAUGCCUAAUGAUACUGAUGGCAUGGUGAAUUUUAUGUUGUAAGUAUUUGUGUCUCACUCAAUCAGUCUACCCAAAAUAUGUCUUGACUCUAGCUCUUUGUUUGGAAAACAAACGCUUUCUACAGUUACUUAAAACAGAACAGUACACUACAUUCCCCUUAUACGCUAUCUAGUGUGCUAUUGAAGAGUCUUAAAUUUUAUCUAGGGGUGAAACCCGCAUAAAGCAACUGAGUAAAGAGAGUCGGUGAAAUCCCUAUGUGCGACCAGUCAAAUUAAAGUAGACUCUUUUAUGAGAACGUUCAGCCUGAAAUUUUCCAAAAUGUUAAGAACAUGCCAGGAAAAUACCCGAGGCUCAGAGAAGAACAAUUUAUUUUUCACUGCUUUUACUUUCCUAAAUCGCGAAAAUCUGAAUUCCAUGUCCUACAGUGGAAUCAGAGAGCAUGUAAAUUUUGUUCUUUUAACACAUUCCCAUUGUGUAUGAUCAAUAAUACAUUUACUUUGUACUUGUACAAUUCAUUAAUAUGAAAAAUAUAAUCGUUAUCUAAUCUUCUCCAUGUAUGUAGCUUAAACGUUAUCAGAUUUUCGUUAUUGAUAUUUAGGAAAUUCCUUGAGAACCUUUCCAGUCUGAAACUGCCCAGAAAAUAAGAACGGCGGUCCAGGGUCAACUCGAAACGUGGACGUUCUUAUCAAAAGUUAAAAAAGAAAAGAAUUGGCUUCGGAGUAGUACGUUUCGAUGUUCUUGUUUAUUUUGCUGUACAAGUUGGUUAUAACUUGGGCGAAGUCUGUGGAUGAAAUCCUCAAUAGUGACCAUUCAAAUACUGAAAGCUAUUGAGCAGUGCGCCCCUGCGAAAUUGUUUGUUAUGCUGUACAAGGUGGUUUUAACAUUUGAGAUUGAGGAUGACGCUCUAAAGCUGCUUCAAUUUUUUACACUGCGUAUCAAACAGAUCAUAACCUCCAAGGCUAGGCGCUUGUAAGCUGUACAGUAGCACAAUUCUUUUUGGACACAAUAUCUUUCAUGAUUAGAACUCCUUAUAGUUUGUAUUUUUCAUUGCAGAGACUACUAUGUGGUGUUAUCAUUCUUCUAUAGCGAACUUAGGGUUGAUAUUUUUGAACAGACUCCAGUUUACGGAUUUUUCAGGCUGCUGGGUAAGUAAAAUUGUUUCGGCUUUAGGAUUUCUUAGUGUGUAUACAAAAUGCACAUUAUUUCUUUCCCAUGUGGUUUAGUUUGAGAAUUCCCCUACUACUAUUUUAAAGUUGAAGUUUGUUUAAUCUGUAAGUAGGUGGGUCUUGGUGUGUUACGAAAAAUAUUUGAUGUUAUGAUGAAUGUCUCCUCGCCAGCAUUUGGGCCUGCCGAGACCCUUGACAUGGUGUAAGUGAUUAAUUUGCUCUUAAAAUGGUAAUUGAUCGUCCAUGGAUGCCAUUGGCCGAUUGCAUCAACGCAAACUACCUAAAGAAUACUAGAAAACCCUCUCCCAUCACCCGCUGACCAUUCCAUCGGGAAAUUAUUAUAAGUUAAUAAGUUAAGUAGCGAUUAUACAAUAAAAUGCUUAAAACGUUUUGUAGGACUUAAUUAAGACUUUACUCCUAUUUAAAGUGGUAACUACUCUUAUUUGAGAAACUAGUUUUCAGGUACGCCACUAAUUAAAACUACUGUAGAAAUCAAACUUAAAAAGUAAAAAUCUCCCCCUCUACAAAUUUGAAAAAUUAAAAACAUAAAAUCCUAAAAAUAUGUACAGUUAAAAACGUAUUUGGACUAUAGUUAAAGGGUACCUUAAGUUCAUUUUCUGUGUUGAGAUUUACUGAGGUUCAUUGAAAGCUCUUACUUUAAGUCUUAUUUUUAACAGUCGCGACAGUACAGUUAACUCUCCGUUAACGGACAUCUCUGUAAGACGGAAACCUCUGUAAAACGACACCUUGAGUUAGUCCCUGCCUUUCUUUACUUCGUUUAUUUGACUCUCUGUAAGACGGACUUCUCUCUAAGACGGUCAGUAGUUCCGGUUCUAAAUGUGUCCGACUUAGAGAGAGAGAACUGUAUUCCUAAGUAUCAUGUCGUAUUUGUUUCAGGUGAUGCUGGUGGACAGCUUGGACUUGUGUUAGGCGCCAGUGUCGUUACAAUACUGGAAUUUGUAGACCUACUUAUCUUUCUCGCCAUCAACUGGUUCCGGUCCAAGCCGUAGAGGAACAUCCUAGAUAUUACUUAAGUGAGGUGUCCACACACUAGUGUAAAUGGGUAGUCGGUCUCUGUGAUUGUUAGGUGUACAAAUAACGGACUGAUUGGUGUAGGACGAAUCUUUCGCAAUUUGCUAAAGGUGUUUAAGACCAAAUCAAAAGUUAAAAGAGGUCGCUGUAAAGGGAGCAGAAAGAUGGGAAACAAUACUUAACUACGCAAACUGCGUUAAGUAGUAAAGAUACAACCAGGAUCAAACGCUCCGACAGUGGCCAAAAUCAAAAACAAGACUGUCUACUUAAUUGUCCUAAGACCGAACGCAGACGAGAGUGUACAAAGGGUAAAUUUUGAGAUAUGUGGAAUAUGUCGGUGUCAGCGACUAAAAGGGGGCAGAAAUACUGAUAUAAAUAUAUAUUCCCUUGUUCAUACAAUUCAACAACAGUAAAAGGGUCAGAAUCGUCGCUUCACUCUUGCCUCCUACCUCAGUUACCUGCUACUUUACGUACAAACAUGUUUACAGAAAAAACAUACUUAAGAGUUCUAUGUUCAUCGCUUUACCUCGCAAACAAACUCGAUGACUACGGAAUCCUUGUGGCUGGCAAUACUUGGGCUCCAUAUUGUGUUGGUAGAUUAUGGAGUAGUACUCCAUUAGUAGUAUUGUUGGCAAAGUUCGUCAAGUGUAGCUCACGGAUUAAGGAGAGAGUGCCAUUCUGUAAAUUAUAACUUUGUCACUGAGUUGAGAAGCUUAAACUCAACGACAGCAGACUUCAUUUGAAUUCCGUAUUUACUUUGAAUAAGCACCUCAUUUGAUAAUAAACGCCGUGGGUCUUUUUCGAGUAAAUAUGGUAGAUCGAACAGACAUGCGGAAACUUUCAAAACUAACAACAUCGCAUACAUCAAUUGUUGAAUGUAAAACGCUAUCAUGUCAACCAUGAAACUCCGCCUCCAUGUUUAUGUAAAUUUUGUGAAUUUUUUUUAAAACAUGUCACUGCUGGAAACCAUUUUACUCAGUUGGUUUCCCUUGAUUAAAUGGGCAAUUAAUUGAUUUUUUAUUGAAAUUAGUCUUUGACGCAGUUUUUAAGGAGCCAUAUAUAUUUUCUCAUACCUAACAUUUUCAGCAGGUUAGGACUAAGUCGAGGUGUUCAAUCUUGUGGGAUAAAUGUUAUGCAUUGAUGGGUCUGUCCUUGGCGUAAUAUCUGCUCGCCAUAAUAGGUAGUUACGUAAUUUGAAUUGAUUCUAGCGAAAAAAUGGACAUCACAAAUAAGCCAUUUCCGAGUUCCACAAACUCUUCUUGUUAAAACUAGGCUAAGUGCAAAACCUCUCUUCUGAAAAUGAGCUUUAAUUGCAUGAGAAUAAACAAACUCAUCUUCGCACUUAGCCUCGCUUUGAAAAAGGGGCUUGGGGCUACUCGGAAAUGGCCUAUUUAGGACCUAAAAGUUGACUAAAGUGGGAAUAGUGUUGUGACGCAAAAGUUUAGACUCGCGACAACAAAUUUUACGG